AUGUCUUAAAGUAAAGGGCCUAGUGAAGUUAAGAUACAUGCUAGUGAUAAACUCUCAGAAAUAAAGACAAAUCAAGAGAAACCUAAAAUGAUAGCUUAUUUUGAUCUAUUUAGAUUUGCAAAAAAAGAAGAUAUAGCAUUGAUGGUUUUGGGUUCAAUAGCAGCUUUUAUUAAUGGUGGAGCUAUUCCAAGUUUUUCUUUGAUAUUUGGAUCAAUGAUAAAUUCAUUCUAAGAAGCAGGAGAUGAAAUGGUUAGACAAGCAGGAUGGAAUGCAUUGUAUAUUAUCAAAUAAUAUCUUAGAUGGUUCUUGAUUGUUGCUAUAGGUACUGGGAUUUUAUCGUUUACAAUGUUUUCAACUUGGAUGAUUUCUGGAGAAAGAUAAGGGAUAGAAUUUAGAAAGAACUAUUUUAAAGCAAUAUUAAGAUAGGAAGUUGGAUGGUUUGAUACAAUAAAUCCAAAUGAGUUGAAUAGUAAGGUAGCAAAUGAAUCAUUUGCAGUAUAAGGUGCAAUAGGAGAGAAGGUUCCAACAUUUAUAAUGACUUUUUCAAUGACUUUUUUUGGAUUUUUAUAUGGAUAUAUUUGGUAAUGAUUCUAGCUAUGAUUUAGGGGUUGGCAAUUAGCAAUAGUAAUAACUGCAACACUUCCAGCUUUAACAAUUGUAAUGUCUAUAUUUUCGGUGGUGAUUUAAUAAUCAGCUGCUGCGACUUAAGCUGCAUAUAGUGAAGCUGGAGCUUUAGCUGAAUAGGCUAUAAACUCAAUAAAGACAGUAAAGAUGUUAGAUGGAGAAGAUUAUGAGCAUCAGAAAUAUUAUCAUCUUUUAGAAGGAGCAGCACAUAAAACAAUGAAAUAUGAUUUAGGAGUAGGAUUGGCAAUAGGAUUGUUAUGGGCUGCUAGUUUAUGGUCAUAUGCUUUAGGAUUUUGGUAUGGUGCAAAGUUGAUAGCAGAUUAAGUAAAAUAAUAAGCAAUGUAUUUUAGACAUAUAAUCAUAAUUAAGGAGAUGUUUACACUGUUGGAGAUGUCAUGACAAUAUUCUUUGCUAUAGUUACUGGAGGGUUUUCAUUAGGAUAAGCAGGACCAUGUGUUUAGAAUUUUGCUAAAGGUCAAGCUGCAGCAGCAUAGAUGUAUGAAAUAUUAGAUAGACAACCUAAAAUUUAUAAUCCGAAAAACCCUAUAAAAUUAUUAGAUUUUAAUGGGGAAAUAGUGUUAAAAGAUCUAAAAUUUAAUUAUCCAAACAGACCUGAUUAAGUGGUAUUGAAUGGAUUAUCAUUGAGAAUACCUCCUGGUAUGAAAGUAGCUUUGGUUGGUGAAAGUGGUUGUGGAAAAUCAACAGUAAUGUAACUUAUUGAAAGAUUUUAUGAUUGUGAUUCAGGAGAAGUUCUUUUUGGUGGACAAUAGGGGAUUAAUGUUAAAGAUUUAGAUCUUAUUGAUUUAAGAAGUAGAAUUGGUUUAGUAGGUUAAGAACCUGUUUUAUUUGCAACAAGUAUAAAAGAGAAUUUACUUUAUGGAAAGAUUGAUGCAACUGAAGAGGAAAUGAUAGAUGCAUUAAAGAAGGCAAAUGCUUGGGAUUUUGUAUCAAAAAUGGAAUAAGGAUUAAAUACUUAUGUUGGUAUUGGAGGUAGUUAAUUAAGUGGUGGAUAGAAAUAAAGGAUUGCUAUUGCUAGAGCUAUUUUAAAAAAACCUUAAAUUUUAUUAUUAGAUGAAGCUACAAGUGCUUUAGAUAGAACUAAUGAAAGAUUAAUAUAAUAAACAUUAGAUGAAGUAUCAAAAGGAAUUACUACAAUUGUGAUUGCUCAUAGAUUGAGUACUAUUCAAAAUGCAGAUUUAAUUUAUGUUAUAGAUAAAGGGUAAGUUGUAGAAGUAGGUACACAUUAAGAGUUAAUGAAUAAACAUGGAAAAUAUGAAGUAUUGGCAAAGAAUUAAAUUAAUAAUACUGAAGAAGAAACUUAAAAAAUGAAAACUUAAAAUUCUAAAUAAAAAUUAUAACCAUUGAAUUAAGUGGAUGUAGAAAAAAAUAAUACUUAAAAAAUGAUAUCAAUGAAUGUAAUGGAAAAUAAAAGUAUAACAGAAGAAGUUGUUGAUUAAUAUAAAUAAUUAUAAGAAUUAGAUGUUUUAAUUAAAAGUUAAAAAGAAACAUAAAAAUCUACUGAUAUAAAAUAUGAUAAAGUAAAUUCAAAUGAUAAACCUUAAGAACCUGAUGCUUAGAUGGGUAGACUAUUUACAUACAAUUAAUCAGAGAGAUUAUAAUUUAUUAUUGGAAUUUUAGCAGCAUUAGCUAAUGGUUGUACUUUUCCAUUAUUUUCUUUAUUUUUAUCUGAUAUAAUAACUGUAUUAGCUUAAUCAAAUCCAAAAUAAUAUAAUGGAAGUAUUAGAGAAGAGAAGAUGUCUUAUGUUAAAAGUGAAGCUGAUAAAAAUGCUUUGUAUUUUUUUAUUAUUGGAUGUGCAGCAUUUUUAUUAUGGGCAAUAUAAUCAUUUUGUUUAAGUUAUGUUGGUGAAAGAUUAACAUUAAAAUUGAGAUCAGAUACAUUUAGGAAAUUAUUGAGAAUGCCAAUUCCAUAUUAUGAUGAAUCAAAAAAUAAUGCUGGAACAUUAACUAGUAGACUUGCAGUUGAUUGUAAACUUAUUAAUGGAUUAACAUCUUCAAUUAUUGGAAUUAAUUUAGCUAAUUUUGCUUCUUUAGUUUGUGGAUUGACUAUUGCAUUUACAUCAAGUUGGGCACUUACACUUGUAACUCUUGGAGUGACACCCUUCUCAUUUAUCUCAGGUGUUUUACAAGCUAAAUAUUUAUAAGGUUUUUCUGCUUAAACUGAUGAAGCUUAUAAAGAUUCAGGUAAUUUAAUUAUGGAAGCUGUUACAAAUAUUAGAACAGUUUUCUCUUUUGGGAAUGAAUAAAUUAUUCUUGGAAUAUAUUCUAAAAAAGUAUAGAUGCCUUUAGAAAUGGCUAAAGAAAAAGGAUAUAAGGCAGGACUUGCUAUGGGUCUUUCUUAAAUGAAUAUAUUUAUUAUGAAUGCCAUUGUAUUUUAUGUUGGAGCUAUAUUCUGUAGAGAUAUUGAUUUAAGUGUAAAUGAUAUGUUUAGGACUAUAUUUGCAUUGACAUUUGCUACUAUGGGAGCUGGGAAUAAUGCAGCAUUUGCAGGAGAUAUUGGAGCAGCCAAAAAUGCAAGUAAGAAUAUUUUUGAGAUAUUGGAUAGUGAAGAUGAAUUUUAAAGAGAAGAAAGAUUAAAAAAAUAGAAAUUAACUAAAUCUAUUGAAGGAGAUAUAUGUUUUAAUAAUCUUACAUUCAAAUAUUAAUCUAGAGAUAAAAAUGUAUUUGAGAAUCUUAGUCUUACUGUAAAACCUGGAUAAAAAGUUGCAUUUGUUGGACCUUCUGGUUGUGGUAAAUCAACAUUAAUGCAAAUGUUGAUGAGAUUCUAUGAACCAGAUUAAGGUAUUAUUACAAUUAAUGGAAUUGAUAUAACUGAUUAUGAUAUCCGUUAUUUAAGAAGAUAAUUUGGUAUUGUAUCUUAAGAACCAGUUUUAUUUAAUGGAACAAUCAAAGAUAAUAUAAAAUAUAAUAUAUCAUAAGCUACAAUGGAAUAAAUUGAAAAUGCAGCCAAAAAAGCUAAUGCUUAUGAUUUUAUUUUAAAUAAUUAAUUUGAAGAAACAUAAGCAGAAUAAAAAGGAAAUGAAUAAUAAAGAGGUUAAUGUUUUGAUAGAUAAGUUGGACCUAAAGGAACUUAAAUAUCAGGAGGAUAAAAAUAAAGAAUAGCUAUAGCUAGAGCUGUAUUGAGAGAUUGUAAUCUUUUACUUCUUGAUGAAGCUACUAGUGCUUUGGAUGCUGAAAGUGAAUAAUUGGUUUAAAAUAGUUUAAAUUAAUUAAUGCAAGGCAAAACAACAAUUGCAAUUGCUCAUAGAAUAUCAACAAUUAAGGUAUAUAUUUUAUAUUAUAAAUUUAUUAGGAUUCUGAUGUGAUCUAUGUAUUUGAAGAAGGAAAGAUUGUUGAAUAGGGAUCUUAUUAAUAAUUAGUCAAUUAAAAGGGAUCAUUUUAUAAAUUAGAGUAAGGAAUUUCUUAGUGA